AUGCUACCGCACAAUGGCCAGCGUCCCCCCUCCCAGCAUCAGCAGGCCGUCCCCUUUCUCCAAGGCUCGCCCUCGCACAACGGUCAGGAGGGCUCCCAGUUCUACAGCCUCGAUCCCUCGGCUGCCGCCAAGCAGAUGGCCGCGCUGAACGCAGCCAAUUUAGCCAAGAUGACCAACCGGUCUGCGCCAGGCGGAACCUCGGUUCCAUUUCUCGGAACAUCUUCGAUAAACCAACCGAAUCUCCUAUCACGUCCGGAUGCAUCAUCCUCUGGUCACGACCCAAACUCAAUAUCCAAUCCCACUAUCCCUCUUUUCAAUCUUCAGGCACAGCCCCAUCAUGCUACUUCCCCUCCAAACAACACCAUCUUUCCUGGUACCCCGGAUUCCCAAAUGACGCAGCCUGGCCUUCCCCCGCAUGCAAAUGCUCUCAUGCUGCAACAGCAGCAACAACAGAAACGCCGUAACUUCCUCCAGUCUCUCGCCCAUGUUCAUAACGUUCGCAACGCGCCCUUGCCGCCCGCCCUCACUGGCAUUCCCUCCGCCAACUACGACCCUUCCACUUCACCCUGGAAGGCGCUGGACAUCUCUUCGAAUGAUGUUGGUGUAAUUCGAGUGGCUGGCAGAGACGUUGAUCUCUUCAGGUUGUGGACGGCGGUCAAUGGUGCAGGGGGUGCUCAAAAGGUGAGCUCGUUCAUUCCUUACCCAUUACAUGGCCCCUCUAGCGUUUGUCUCAUGGUCUCUUUCACCAAGCUGACCGAACAAAACGGGUGGUCAAGUAUCCUGUCUUAUAUCGGCUUGCCGGAGCAAAUACCCGCUCCUCAGUCACCCCAGGGCCAUCAGUUCGUCGCCCCCAUGCUAGCUCAGUAUUACAUGGCGCUCUUCUCUGCCUUUGACGAGAUUUACAAACGAAACGUCCAAGUUCAGCAGCAGCGAGGUUUUAUGGCAGCACAAGCUCAGAGCCAAGGACGAGGCCAGCAAGUUGGACUGAUGUCUGGAAUGAAUGGCCAACCUAGUCGGAUGCCCCAGCCUGGUAUGGGUAUGCCCUCCCAGCCUGGAAUGCCGAGCCAUAUGAACGCAACGCCAGGUGGAUUGCCACCGAAUCCGGGAAUGAAUAUGAUGGGCAUGAUGGGUCAACAAACCAAUGGUCCCGCUGCUAGCCCACCGCACCAGCCCAGUGGGGGAAGCAUGCAGUUCCCGCUUGGCCAGGGAAUGCCGCAUACGCCACGGCAGCCAUCACAGCCGCCCCAGAUUGGUCCUUCCAUGCAGCCUCCGGAUACUAGACCCGGUUUAAGUACUAUGAUGUCGUCAGAGUCUCUGGGAGGCGCUGCACCUGCCGCGGUUGGCCUCGCGUCACAGCAGCUUGCCGGGGGACUCCAAACUAACGGGCCACUUGCCGCCAGUGGCUCGGGCCUUAGCCAAUCAUUGGACGUGAAUUUCUCCGCUGACUUCGACGGCGAUGCUGAGGGAAGAAAGCGGAAGAUGCACGCUGAAGAGGCUGACGGGAAGCGCGUGAGGCAGAAGACAGUGGGCCUGGAAGAUCCUGAAUUGCGUUCGGACCCCUUGCCGUCAACAAGCACGAAUAGCUCAGCAGGUAUGCCUGUACCGCCGCGGGCUCGUCAACAGCCGUCAAGACGAAAGAUCGAGUAUGUGCCAUAUCGCAGGGAGCUGGACACGCACGGCGGACGUGAUCUCAAGCUGAUCGAAGAAGAGCUGCAGCGAGCAACACGCGGCCGUGGUAUUCGGGAUAUCAACGAAUGGGGCAAUGUGGACAUCGAGGCCCUGACGAUGUCCCUGCGCUCGCGUCUGACCAUGGAGCUCUCCUACGCUCUGACGACCUUGACAAUUCUAUCCAUUAUGAAGGGUCAAAGCUCUUCUACUGGUUUUCCUAUCUACCAGUGCCCAGAUUUGGUCGAGGAGAUCUUGGAUCUUUUGGAGGACAUGGCCUUCGACGGCAAGCCAGAAAAUGACGAUGAAGACCUGCCUGAUGACGACGUCCGUAUUGUUACGCACCGUGAACUGGUGAAGAUGGCGGCCUCGGAAGGUUCACAGCCGUUCGUAGCGCUAGAACCUAGGCAGGGGGCAAAGGACGACUCUACGGGGCCCCGCCAGCGUCCUGGAGACAUCAUAUUGACAAUAGUCAACAUCUUUCGCAACUUGUCUAUGUAUGCCGAUAAUCAUGCCUUCCUUACACACAGCAGGUUAUACGGCUUGCUGCUGCGCACCUGCUGUUUAGCGCGUCCAAAGAAAGGCUCCGGCAUUUCACGUUUACGUCCUGCAUCACCCGCUCUCUCUCUAAGCGACUUAGUGGUCGUACGGAAAGACGUCUUAAACAUCCUACUGGGUACGGCCGGCCUAACGCAUUUCGCUGCAUCGAGCAUACCCCCCACAGGACAGGAAUUGCGCAACGCGAGGAGAACCUUCGAUCUGCUAACGUCGUUCUUGAUAGAUCCGACUGAAGCUGUCACACCCAUGACCUGGGUGCUGCAAGCCGGAGAACCUCCGAGGGGAAGUCCGAAGCCUACGCACCUAGUGGACGUAGCUUUGGAUACUUUCACGAGGAUAGCGUUGCCCGACUCCAAUCGGCAAGUGCUGGCUCAGGCCGUACCGCAGGAUUGCUUGUGGCGCCUGUUCGAAGCUCUCAUACAUCGGCUGCCUGUAACGAACGAGGACUAUCAGCAGAUCAAUCGAGACCCAGAGAUGUGGUUGAGCUACAUAGAGAAAGCGCUCCUUGCGCUAUACUGUGUGGCUUUCAUGGCAUCCCCUGACAUGAAAAAGCGAGCGAAGAGCGAUCGAAGCCUUGGAUUCGCGAAGAUCCUCAUGAGGCUGGUGAAGCAAUUUAUAACUUGGCAAGACAUACCGACCCGUGUUUGGUUCACGGUGAGCGCGCGAAGGGCCGUGGAGACCAUGAAAAUCGUGGAUGAUGGCGAGGAUGCCUUCGACACGUCAAACUCUUCCUCGACGCCUGUCUUGGCCUUCGGGAUGGGGUUCGCAGACUCAGGGGAGGUGCGCAUAGAGAAGGGAACCGGCUUGCUGGGUGGUUACCGGGAAGAGAUGUUAUGGAGUGUGAUGAAUCAGGAGGGAGUGCGGGUCGACGAGAUUAUGUUUCCCGAGCUGGACAGUCUCACUCGGGUGGGAUGAAACAUGGUCUGUUAUAUCUGAUCUACUGCGGUCUUUGAUAAAGGACUUUACUAUGUAUGAACCUGUACUUUUGGCUAAAUAACCGCG